CGUCCUCCCCACAACAUCUGAAUAAACCCCUCACCUGAUCACCAUCUCCCCAACUCGCCACCCCACCAUCCCUGCCCUCCCCCUUCAUCUCCAUUAACUCCUCCAUACACAGGUUAUGCACAACACACAAAUCUACUUUUCCUUUUUGACUCUUGAUUGCAGAUCUACUGAUGUUCUGUCCACUUGCCAGACAUCAAGACCUCGAUGAUCCAAAGUUUACUUGAACUCAGCAUUCUCCUCAGUUCCCACCAACAUCUCCUCUCUUCUGGCUCUAACCUCCCCAACUUUCCCGGCCUCUCUCAAACUCUCCUAACUGGUGCACCAUUUUGGUUGCAGUUCAAUGCCCAGUUUUUUCCAUGUCAUCCAUCUCAGCUCCUAACACCCAUUGCCACUGAGACUUUCAUUCACGCCUUUCUCAUAUCUUUCUUAGACUUCUCCAAUCACUCCUCGCUACUCUCCCUGGCUCCACGAUCCACAUGCUUCAACUCUGAUCUGUGUCUCUGAUCUCCAGGUUGCAGGAUAACGGACUGACAGAUGAUUGUACCAAGGAUCUCGUCUCUGCUCUCAGUACAAAUCACUCACUGAUGGAACUAUAUCUGGACAAUAAUAAACUGGGAGAUUUGGGAAUGAAGCGACUGUCUGGGGCUCUGAGGAAACCGGAGUGCAAAAUACAGAAGCUGGAUCUGGGGGAUAACAGCCUCACAAAUGAUUCUAUCGAGGAACUUGCCUCUGUUCUCCGUACAAACAGCUCACUGAAGGGUCUGAACCUGGAUUAUAAUAAACUGGGAGAUUCAGGAGUGAAGCCACUGUCUGCGGCACUGAGUAACUCAAAGUGUAAAAUAGAGAGACUGUGGCUGAGUAACAACAGUUUGACAGCUAAGUGCACCCAGGAUCUUGCCUCCGCUCUGAGUAAAAGCAGCUCUCUGACAGAGCUGUACUUGAAUUGUAAUAACUUGGGAGAUUCAGGAGUGGAGCAACUGUCUGAGGCUCUGAGGAACCGAGCGUGUAAAAUAGAGAAACUGGGAAAGAUCUACAUUUUAAGGUCCAUCUCAAGCCCAACCUCUUUGAUUGCUUUCAAUUGUGUUUCCUCAACCCAAAGUCUGAAACAUUACCAGAGACAGUUCCUGUGUGUUCAUACCCAUCAUGUCAUUUCUCCAUCUCUGAUCUUCAGGCUGGAGAGUAACGGCCUGACAGGUAACGGUAUCAAGAGUCUGGCCUCUGCUCUCAGUACAAACCGCUCACUGACUGAACUGCACCUGGAUUGUAAUAAACUGAAAGAUUCAGGAAUGAAACAACUCUCUGACGCUCUGAGGAAGCCGGAGUGUAAACUAGAGAGACUGUGGCUGCGGGAUAACAGACUGACAAAUGAUUAUACCAAGGGUCUCGUCUCUGCUCUCAGCAUAAAUCAGUCACUGACAGAACUGUAUCUGGAUAAUAAUAAACUGGGAGAUUUAGGAGUGAAGCGACUGUCUGCUCUGGGGAAACCAGAGUGUAAAUUGCAGAAGCUGGAGCUGGGUCACAACAAUUUGACAGCUAAGUGUACCGAGGAUCUCGCCUCCGCUCUCAGUAAAAACUGUUCACUGACAGAGCUGCAUCUGCACAACAAUAAACUGGCAGAUUCAGGAGUGAAGCGACUGCUUGUGGCUCUGAGGGACUCUGAUAAAAUACAGCAGCCCUGGUGA